UCCAGUUCCCAUUACGAAUAUCUCGUCACUGUUUGCCAGGUAUAGGUACACCCAGCUUCCUCUUGCAGCAACACUUACUGUUUAAGACAAAGAGGUGAGCAGGUGCUCCACAGUUUGCAGGUUGUGGUGUCACAAUGUACAAGUCCCAGAAGAGCACAGGCGGAAGUGCAGUGUUCUACAGGUCAGUCAAAGCUACAGAGGAAAUAAGAUCUGGAUACCUGUUCAAGUCUCCUCCUCACAACCGGUUGAAGACAGAGAAAUCAUGGAAGAAGAGGUAUUUUGUGCUGUUCAAAAUCAGUGAAAACGAACAUCAACUGAAGUACUUCAGGAGUCGAGAGGAAAAGGACAGGCCACUUGGAGGAAUAGAUUUGUCACAUAUCUCACUGUUGCACGUGAGCCCUCAACAGCACCAGAAAUGGGCAUGGAUCCAGAAGAACUUCAGGUGCUCCCCAUCCUGUGUGCUCUACCUCAGGGCUCUCGACCGGGACUACUUCCUCGUCGGGGACAACAGCGAGGAAGUGGACGGCUGGUUCUCUGACCUGUUUGACGCCCUGAAAAAUCGGCCGCAUAGAUUUAUGAGUUCAGAGGACAUGUCUAAUGGACAGCAACUUAUUGAGGUUAUUUCAAAACCCAUAAAGCAGAAAAAGAAUUCAGCGGGUGUGCCUGAAAAGCAGCCAACGUUAAAAAUGCGGUCCAUGUCCGACCCAUCCCCGAGUGCUGCGGAUAACAACACUGAAAAACAAAAGCAGGAUGAAGAUAAUUGCAAAAGACGUGCAUCAGAACCUGUGAAUCCAAUCUAUGACUACCCGAGAUCCUACCUAAAACAAAUACAAGUAGGGCUGCAGCUAUUAAUUACAUUCAAUAUCAGGGAAAAUGCUUGGGAAAAUAGUUCAACCCUUGACAACACCACAGAGUCAUUGUAUGAAACAAUGCACGAAGUUAGACAGAAUGAGCAAGGAGCUCAGGCAGUGGAUCGAGAAGUUGAAGAGGUUACCGCUGGCAGCCUGAUGAGGUCUGUCAAUCUGGUAUUUGACAAACUGAAGACCCAGAUUUCACCACUGCCUCCUUUCAGUGAGGAGACAGAUGCUGAGGACAGAGAGGAAGCACAUCCCUCAGACUUCAGCAGCAGCUCCAGUGACACCGGGGCCAUGUCUCCUGUAGAGAUGCUGGAGGGACAAAAUGUGCACCCACUGGAGAAACAAAGUUCUACUGAGAGAUGGUCUACUUGUGAAUUAGAAAAGGAACUUGAAAAGGAAUUUGAAACCCCCACCGUGGCACCGUCUGCGCUAUCGCCAGUCACAAAUCUCGACAUAGGUAUCACUUUCCCCAUCAACGCAGAGGAAAGAGAUAUGGAGGUCAAGCAGGCAGAUUUGAAAAAACACCUGACACUAACAGAAGUGGACGGGAAGCCGAGUGUGUCUGGGUGGACGGGCCAGCCACAGACAGUGUGCCUCUUUCACAAGGGAGACCAUAUCCUGGCAGUAAAUGACUUGCACGUCGGCAGCGUGGAGGAGUUCAAUAUGUACAUCAGCAAGUCACUCAAGAGUGAGGUGAAACUGACCAUCCUGCGUCAGACUGGACGCCAGCCUCUGCACUACCCAAACUGCCCCUGCACUGACUGACUGCAAACUGAUGAUUAGAGAUGAGACAGUUAUUUCUACUAUUAUGUCUGGGUGUGUUUAAAAUGGCUCUUUGAGGCACUUCCUGCCUACAGUUGGUGGGUUUGUAUCACUUUAGACAACAGACAGUAUUUUUCCAAGGCUGUGGUCAGUUCCUAUUGAUCUGUCCCUCUGCUAGUUUACUCAGUUUAAAGGUAGAGUACAGCUUGAAGUGAAGGUGAAAGAUAAAAAUGAAUACGUCAUGACUCUUGUAAUGUAAAAAGAUGUGGUUUGUGUAAACAAUGACUUGCAGUUUUAACAUGAUUCAUAAUGUGUUGAUUGUGUGUUGCAUUUGCUGUAGAUGCCUGUUCUUAGUAGUUGUGCUCUGAAGGAAACAAAGGGGAGAUUUUUUUACUUAAACAAGUUUCCUCAUACCUGCCUGUAUGAUGCCAAAAACACAGGGCACUCUCACAACACAACUCUCUGGACCAGAGACAAAUGUGAGAUAAAACCUGAACUGCGUAAAGCAUGACGUGCAAAAAUGGUGCAAUACGCAGACAACUUGACAGUGAAGUGUGCUGAUGAUGGAAGAUUUCUGGAGAUGUGAUCUUUUCUUGCCACUGAAUCCCUGAUGUGACCUCUGUGUGAAAGCUAUUUUUAGAAAAUUAACUUUAAGCCAAGAUGACAGGAAGCAACAGCGAUCAUACGUGGUUUAACAAGAUCAUGAUGUUGUGCAUAAGCCAAGAUGCCCUAAUUCAACAUUUAUGAUCCUAUCAUAGAAAUAAAUUGUAUUUUGAGAAGAUAUAUAUUGUUGCUGUAAAUAUUCAAAUCUCAUUUAUGUCUCACAAGUUAGAGCAUUUAUUGUCAUAUAUAGCUAAAAACAAGUGCAUCCCAGUGCAGUGAAAUUCUUCCUUUUGCAUUCUGAAUGCCAUUUAUCAAUACAGAAGCAUGAAGAAUAAAAAUGAAAAAAUAUAAGAAGAAAAUAAAUACCAGAGGAGAGGACUGUAGUUCAUAAAGAACAAUUGAGUUGCAUGACUGUCAUCACCCAGCAAUGCUGAUUCAUUUCCAGUUUGCUCAGUAUGAGGCACCUGUGGCGGCAUUUCUGGCUGAUGACACCUUUUUUAGAGCACAAGAAGAUCAAACUGUAACACUAUGUUGAAAUGUCUCCUCUAUGUAUGUGUUACUAGUAUUUGUUUAUAACUUGGCCUUUUCUUAUUUAUCUUGAGAAUACGUUGACUGUAAUUAGGGGUUGUGUAAUGACAAAAGAUGUAGGAAGAAACCACACCUUGAGGAAGAGUCCUGUGAAUUAAUACAGAGAUGGAAUGGUUUUGCACCUCAGGCUGCAUUUCACCUUUUUCUCUGUGAUGCGAAACAGAAAUGGUGACUCAGAAAAGCGGGGAUACUCUGCCGAAAUGUCAUUUUAAUAUAACCUGGGAAAAUGGUUUUAUUUUUUAAAAUUAUGACUAGUGACGAGAGCAAUGCCCUUCCCGAAAAAAGACAUUAUCUGCAAGACCUGUUUGCUUGAACUGCUACAAACCUCUUUUUUAAUAUUGAAAAUAUGUUUUUUAUUAUGUCCAGUGACCAAUGUCGACAGAGGGCAAGGAACAAAGCUUGUCUCUAAAAUCUUAACAUCAUAAAACAAUAUUAUCAGAUACGGUUAAUAUUCAGACGAGUCCUUUUUCCCACGACAUUGUAUCAGCCUUUCCAAGGCUAAUGUUUCAAGUUUUGAUGGAGGUUGUUGACAGAUAUGAAUCCUGACAGAGAAACUAGUCAGAGCAUUAUUUUUUAAAUUCCAUUCUUCAACUGUGAUAUUCAAGCUGUGCUGUAUUGUAAAUACACUCUACUAUAAAUAAAUGCAUCCUUUGCAAGUAUGUUGCAAACGCAGGUUGUGCUGGGACAAUAAAUUGCUGUAUUAUUUUUAAUAUGAUUGUGAAUAAAUUUGACCAGAUUAAGUAAA